UUGCUAUUUUCAAUACGAACAACUCGAAAACAAUUUUCAAAAAUGUUUGCAUUUCUCAUGUGCUUUUUAACAAUUUGUCGAGUUGUUUGCGGGUUUCUGAUCACUGUCGAUUCUCAUGAAACGAUUUGUUUCUUUGAUCGCGCCCAAGAAAAGGACAAGGUCACAAUUAGCUUUGAGGUGAUGGAGGGCGGCUUCAAGGACAUUGCCGUGCAUAUUUCAGGACCAAACGAUGAUCGACUAUAUGAGGCGGAAUCGGAGACCAGUGGCAAAUAUACGUUUGCCGCAAUUAACGAUGGCCAAUACACGCUCUGCUUUGACAACGAAAAGUCCACAUUGACGCCCAAAAUCCUAAUGUUUCAUUUCAUAGUCGUCCGGGAUCUGACCCACUACAACGAUCCGCAUAAGCGCAGCGACGAUGUCGUCGAGCAGUCCGUCCUGCAGGCGAACAUCAAUGAGCUGGCCAGUCUGAUGACGGCCAUCAAGUACGAACAGGAGUAUAUGCAUGUGCGCUACAAAGGACACCAGGAGAUCAACGAUAGCGCUCACUUUCGCAUUGUAGCCUGGUCCAUCUUUGGGCCAUCGUUGCUGCUGACCAUGACGCUGCUGGAGAUCUACUAUCUGAAGCGUUUCUUUGAGGUCAAAUGUGUGGUUUAAGCUUAAAUUGAGGCAAAAUAAAUAAGUCUAGCGAAGCUGGCAAAGAAUGUCCUCGAAUAA